AAACCCUCCAUAGCCAUGUCAGCACCUCCAUCUUCAUCUUCAUCUUGUCACUCUUGUACCCUUUUCACUCUCUAGCUGUUGACACCAUCACAUUCUCACAGCCACUUACCAUCAAUCAAACUCUAGUUUCUAAAGGUGAACAUUUUGAGUUGGGGUUCUUCAAUCCAGGCAACAAUAAUUUAUAUAUAGGCAUUUGGUACAAGCAAAUUCAGCAGAAAACAUAUGUUUGGGUAGCUAAUAGAGACACCCCCAUUACUUCAUCCUCCGGGAACCUAACCAUCAUCAGCAACGGCAACAUGGUGCUUGUAAAUCAGACGGGAACCAUCGUCUGGUCGACAAAUCAACCUACACGGGUGGGGAACACGGUGGCGCAGCUUUUGGACACCGGUAACUUUGUGCUUCGUCCGGAAAAACGAUGAGAGUCCAGAAAAUUAUAUUUGGCAAAGCUUUGAUUAUCCGACUGAUACUCUAUUGCCGGAGAUGAAACUUGGGUGGGACAGGAAAUCUGGAAUUACUCGGAUUUUGAGGUCAUGGAAGACGAACAACGUAGAUCCAGCAACUGGUGAUUAUUCUCUUAUAUUCACUGUUCGUCAGUUCCCGGAGAUUUUGCUUAUGCGCAAGGAAACGUUAAUUCGUCGGAGUGGACCGUGGACUGGAAGAAGGUUUAGUGGUGUACCGGAGAUAAAAGGGAGGAGUAUAAUGCAGUUUGACGUUGAAGAUAAUUCAGAUGAGAUUUAUUAUUCAUUUAAAUUGGUGAAUAGUUCAAUUAUUCGCGAUUGGUUGUAUUUUCUUCUGGUGUGAAUCAAAGAUUGGUUUGGGCUGACACAACAAAAACCUGGAGCGUGUACUGGUCUUUCCCCGGUAAUUGCGACCACUUUGGUGAAUGUGGUCCGUCUGGCAUUUGUACUGCAAACCCUGCACCGAUCUGCAGUUGUAUGACUGGAUUCCAUCCGAAGAACAAACAAGCAUGGGAUCUCCGAGUUGGGUUGGAUGGGUGUGUUAGAAACUCCAGUUUGGAUUGCAGGUCGGAUGGAUUUAAGCUAUUGAAGAACAUGAAACUGCCGGAGACUUCGAAAGCUUUUUUAGAUCAGACGAUAAAUUUGAAAAAGUGUGGUGAGAUUUGCAAAACGAAUUGUUCUUGUGCUGCUUAUGCUAAUAUGGAUGUCACUGAAGGCGGGUCGGGUUGUGUGAUUUGGGAAGGGGAUCUCAUCGAUAUGAGGCAGUAUGCUGAUUCGGAUAAUGGUGGAGAUGAUCUUUACGUUAGAGUUGCAGCUUCUGAUUUGGAUGAACCACCACCACCACCACCACCAUCAUCAUCACCACCACCACCACCACCAAAUACCAGAGUUGGCAAGAUUGUAGGAAUUAGCAUUGGUGCUUUUGCUAUGCUCAUAUGUCUACUGAUACUCUUCUACUUGAAGAGGAAGAAAACACAAUCCUUGGAAAAUAGACAAGGUCCAGAAGACAUCAUAUUAAAUGAUGGGGUUAUUCCGCCAAAUAGGAGAGAUUCUCUUAACGAGACAUUCAUUGAUGAACUCGAAUUACCAUUGUUUGAUUUUACAACACUGGCGGUGGCUACAAACAACUUCUCAGACACAAAUAAAAUUGGGCAGGGUGGCUUCGGGUGUGUUUACAAGGGUACAUUAACGGAAGGUGAGGUUGUAGCAGUAAAAAGACUCUCGAGAGUUUGCGACCAAGGGAUUGAGGAACUUAAAAAUGAAGUUCGAUUAAUCGCGAAACUCCAACAUCGAAACCUUGUUCGAGUAUUAGGUUGUUGCAUUGAGGUCGAAGAGAAGUUGUUGGUUUAUGAGUUCAUGGAAAAUAAAAGUCUCGAUAUGUUUCUCUUUGAGAAAGAGAAAAGCAUGAAACUAAAUUGGAAAAUCCGACUCGAGAUUAUACGCGGGAUUUCACGGGGGCUUCUUUAUCUUCAUCAAGAUUCAAGAGUUACAAUCGUCCAUCGAGAUAUGAAAGCAAAAACAAAGAUAGUGGUUGGAACAUACGGUUAUAUGUCACCCGAAUAUGCGAUGGAUGGUCAUUUCUCAACGAAAUCAGACGUUUUUAGUUUCGGAGUUUUGAUUCUUGAGAUAGUAAGCGGUAAAAGGAACAGAGGAUCAUCCAACACGAGUAACAAACUUAACCUUCUUGCACAAGCAUGGAAGAUAUGGAACGAAGGAAAUGCUUUAGAACUACUAGACGAAUCUCUUGGGGCCAAAUUUUCAAAGAAUGAAGUUUUGAGAUGCAUACAAGUUGGCCUGUUAUGCGUUCAAGGACAACCGGAAGAUCGGCCUAGCAUGUCGAAGGUGUUGAUACUAUUGAGCAAUGAAACUGUACAAAUUCCACAACCAAAACACCCUGGAUUAUUUACUAGAAAAAUAAACAAUAAGACAGAAUCUUCAAACAACGGUGAUGAUUCAAUUACCGUAAAUGGAAUCACAAUCUCGAUAUUAGAUGGUAGAUAG